GAACGAUCACUCCAACGUACGCUCACGAUUGCCACUGAAAAUCAGAAUGACGUCGGAUCGCGGUCUGGUCGUGAACAAAUUGACUAUAUCACAAUAGACUACGUUAGCGACCAGUUCUUCAUUUUCUCAGAACAAGAGGCAAUGUGGUUGCGUGAGGAACUCCAUAUUAUCCCUCGAUCAGCGAUGAGCACAGAAGUUGAAGCUCCAUAUUUGAUCGCGCCUGAACAGGUUGUGCUUCUGGUUCAACACGGUUACGGCAAAGUCAGGGUUCAGAAGGAUCCUCUUCCAUGCACUUCCAAUCAGACUGCCUGCUUGGAGGGCGAGGGCUCUUCUGUGAAUGAGAAAAAGCGAGCUGGAGUGGAUGCUGUUGAAAGGAAAGCGAAGACGUUGGAGCGGAGUACACAAGGACUAGGAUGUUGCGCUGAAAAGGGGAAGGUGAGUUUACAGGUGGACCCCGACGAAAAUAUCUACCGAUGGCUUGACGAGUUCGAGGUGCCAGUGCCGUGCACUCGCGAAUUCCGCGCUAGACAACUCGUCUACUACGAUCUCUGGAGUAGAGGCUACUAUUUAACAAGUGGCGAGCAGUUUGGUACUGCAUGGUUAGUCUACGAAGGGCCACCCGACGAGGUUCAUGCAACGUUUCUGGUCGACCCUGUUUUUGAAGACCAAAUGAUUGCGCCAACGAACUUAAUCGCUUUGGUCCGGGUGGCAGUUCAGGUCAAGAAGCUUCUGGUUCUAGCAGUGGUAUCUCCGGACCGUACCCAGCCGCACUACGUAAUGAUGGACUGGCUCAGACCGAGGGUGUUAGAUGAGGAAUAA